AUGUCCAUCCUCCACCGCCAUCUCCGCAGACCACGAACGACCCCCGGGUUGGUCACGGCCCUCAAGCGAUUGCUCCUAGUCUUUUUUAUUUGGACCGUCAUUGAUGCGCACUUUAUCUACUACCGCAUCGCACACGCCGAGCGCGAGGCGCAGACUCGCACCGUGGUGGUCGAACCGACGCGCAUCUUCAUCGCGAGCUUGCACUGGAAUAACGAAAAGAUCCUGCGGUCCGACUGGAACCGCGGCGUUAUGGAGCUGGUGCGCGCUUUUGGCGCUGCCAAUGUUUUUGUCAGCGUCUAUGAGAGCGGGAGCUGGGACAAUUCCAAGGGCGCCCUGCGCGAGCUGGACGCCGACUUGGAGAAGGCGGGCGUCGCGCGGAAGAUUAUUCUCGAGGAUGAGACGCACAAGGAUUUGAUUGAGGGGGCAUCUGAGCAGGAAGGGUGGAUUAAGACUGCCGAUGGGAGGACGAUGCCGAGGAGGAUUCCAUACCUGUCCCGCCUGCGGAAUUUGUCGCUACAACCGCUGGUGGAACUGGCUGAGAACGGCACGACCUUCGAUCAAGUCCUAUUUUUGGGAGAUGUCGUGUUCUCUGUUUCCGACAUCCUCAACCUGCUCAAAACCAACAAUGGCCAUUAUGCCGCUGCGUGCUCGCUCGACUUCAGCAAGCCGCCCUCCUUCUACGAUACGUUCGCCUUGCGUGACGCCCACGGCCAUGAACACGCCACGCAAUCCUGGCCCUAUUUCCGCUCCGCUAAGUCGCGCAAGGCAAUGCUCCAUGCCGAGCCCGUCCCUGUGUCGAGCUGCUGGAACGGCAUCGUCUCCAUGCCCGCCUCCACAUUUACCGGUCUCCGCGGUUUACGUUUUCGUGGCCUCCCAGACUCGCUCGCCGCUUCCCACCUAGAGGCUUCCGAGUGCUGCCUGAUCCAUGCCGACAAUCACAUCGCCUCGCGCGCUCGCGGAGUCUUUGUGAACCCGGCCGUACGUGUUGGAUAUAAUCGCGCUGCCUACGAUUCUGUCCAUCCGUUCGCUGCUGCUGCUCCUCCCGCUGGAGAUGAGGGAAACAGUGAGAGUGGAGUAAGAAGCAAUGGGGGGAGCUGGGUAUCUUUGAGGCAAAUUUAUUUUGGUCUGUGGAAGAAUAGGCUGGCAAGGUGGCUGAUGACGCCCUGGUUCGAGGAACGCCAGGUGAAAGGAAGGAUUGAGCGGUGGGCAAAACAGGAGCCGGGGAGAGAGGAGAAAGGAGGAUUUUGUGCUGUGGAUGAGAUGCAGAUUGUGGUGAAUAAUGGGUGGAAACAUCUGUAA